GUCUAUUACGACGACUACCGAAAUUGACUUCAAAAAACCCCAUCUUUCUCUCUCUAAAACUCUCUAUUCUCACAAAAAUUUCACAAAUUUUUCAAUUUUGACUUUUGGGUAUCUCCGAUUUCAUCACUCUGGGCACCUUCCUCCCCUUUUCUAUCUUCUCGACGCUCAAAUUCUCUCCAAACAAUCCCUAAUUCCCAAUUAAACAAAUCCCCUGUUUCUUUGUCUUUUUCUUCAUGUUGUCAAUAAACCCUUUUGCUUCAAUAAUUGACACUAUCUGUUGCAGUAUGUAGCUAAAUUUCAACUCAAUUGCACGAAUUUGAGGUGUUGAAGAUAUAUAGUUUUUUCGUUAAAAAGUAAGCGCGGUCUAAUGGCUGGGAGCUGGGAUGAAAGUCACGAGCUCGGUAGUCAAUCCGACGAUAGCUUCCAAUUCGAGAGACAACACAUAGAACCCAUAUACGACGCAUUCAUAUGCCCGCUUUCAAAACAAAUAAUGAAAGAUCCCGUAUCAAUUGAAAACGGUCAAACGUUCGAACGGGAAGCAAUCGAAAAAUGGUUCAACGAGUGUAGAGAAAACAACAGAAAGCUCGUUUGCCCUUUGACAUUAAAAGAACUAAAAACAACUGAUAUGAAUCCAAGUAUCGCUUUACGGAACACAAUCGAAGAAUGGAGUGCUAGAAACGAAGCCGUUCAGCUCGACAUGGCCCGUAAAUCAUUAACUCCCGGAUGCCCUGAGAUUGAUACUUUGCGGGCAUUGAGAUUCGUUCAAUACAUUUGCCAAAAGAAUAGUAGACGUAUUAUUCGAAACGCCGAUCUAAUUCCAAUGAUCGUCGAUAUGUUAAAAAGCGGUAGUCGCAAAGUCCGGUGUAGAGCUUUGGAGACUCUUCGAAUUGUGGUGGAAGAUGAUGACGAUAACAAGGAAAUAAUGGCGGAAGGGGAUAACGUGCGCACAAUAGUCAAGUUCUUGUCUCAUGAACAGUCAAAGGAGAGAGAAGAAGCUGUUUCCUUGCUAUAUGAGCUCUCAAAAUCGGAAUCUUUAUGUGAGAAAAUAGGGUCUGUUAAUGGAGCAAUUCUGAUCUUAGUUGGAAUGACGAGUAGUAAAUCUGAAAAUCUUUUGACGGUUGAGAAGGCGGAUAAAACGCUGGAAAAUUUGGAGAAGAAUGAGAGUAAUGUACGGCAAAUGGCUGAGAAUGGUAGAUUGCAGCCUCUUUUGACCCUUAUUCUUGAAGGUUCUCCAGAAAUCAAACUAUCCAUGGCUUCAUACCUCGGCGAGCUGGCAUUAAGCAAUGACGUGAAAGUCUUCGUGGCUCGAACCGUUGGUUCGUCAUUAAUCAACCUAAUGAAAAGCGGUAACGUCCAGUCUCGAGAAGCAGCGUUGAAAGCUCUGAAUCAAGUCUCAUCUUGUGACCCGAGUGCUAAAGUCUUGGUUGAAGAAGGUAUACUUUCCCCUCUCGUUAAAGACCUUUUUGCGGGCCCGAACCAGCUUCCAAUGCGGCUUAAAGAAAUCUCCGCUACAAUACUCGCAAACAUAGUGGCCUCCGAUUGCGACUUCGACUCGAUCCCCGUGGGUCCAAACCACCAAACCCUUGUGUCGGAAGAAAUAAUUCAUAAUUUACUUUAUUUGAUCAGCAACACCGGACCCGCAAUCGAAUGCAAACUCCUGCAAGUUCUUGUUGGACUCACGAGCUCUCCGGUUACGUUAAUCAGCGUUGUUUCCGCUAUCAAAAGCUCGGGUGCGAUUAACAGUUUAGUUCAGUUCAUUGAAGCCCCGCAACAAGAUCUCCGUUUGGCUGCGAUUAAACUGUUGCAAAAUCUUUCGCCAAACAUGGGUCAAGAACUAGCGAGUUCGUUGCGUGGGUCAGCAGGUCAACUCGACGGGUUAAUAAAAGUAAUUGCGGAAAACAUUGUGAGUUCCGAAGAACAAGCGGUAGCUGUUGGGCUUCUUGCGGAUCUUCCAGAACGAGAUAUGGGCCUCACACGUCAAAUGCUCGAUGAAGGUGCAUUCGAAAUGGUGAUUGCGAGAAUCAAAAUGAUUCGGCAAGGAGAACCGAGACGAAGCCGGUUCGUCACACCGUAUUUAGAAGGGCUCGUCAGGGUACUUUUGAGGAUCACAUUUGUGUUGCAAAACGAGCCGAAAGCGGUUUCUUUGUGUCGGGAUCAUGAUCUCACGGGGUUAUUUACCGAACUCCUAGCAAACUCGCUCGAUAAUGUUCAAAUGGUUUCCGCUUUUGCUUUAGAGAAUCUAUCGUUAGAAUCAAAAAACCUGACGAAACUUCCGGAGAUCCCGCCACCAAGUGUUUGCAUGUCGAUCUUUCCUUGUUUUAGUAAACCGCAGGUUAUGACGGGCUUAUGUCGGGUUCACCGCGGGGCAUGCUCACGACGGGAUACGUUUUGUUUACUAGAGGGACCAGCUUUACGGAGACUCGUGGGUCUUUUAGAUCACACAAACGCGGCGGUUGUCGAAGCAUCAUUAGCUGCAUUAUCGACUUUAUUAGAGGACGGAGUUAACAUAGAACAAGGGGUGGCGGUUUUGAUGGAGGCAGAAGGAAUCAAACCGAUUCUCGACAUUUUACUCGAAAAACGAACCGAGAAUCUUGGUCGACGAGCGGUUUGGGUGGUGGAAAGACUUUUAAGGACAGAAGAUAUUGCGUACGAGGUAUCGGGUGAUCCUAACGUUAGCACUGCACUCGUGGAUGCAUUCCAGCAUGGCGAUUAUCAUACACGUCAGACCGCAGAACGCGCACUGAAACACGUGGAUAAGAUUCCGAACUUCUCGGGAAUCUUUCCCAACGCGUGAUCGAUGUUCAUAUUGUUUUCGUUAUACACUCUUGGUGUGAAGAAAGAGCCUUUUUUGGUGAAUUCUUUUACAUCGAUAGACAGUGUAUAUAUAAAACAAAUAUGAAGUUCUUCGGUAGAUGUGUAUAAUUGAUUUUGUUUUGGUUUGUUGAUUGAAUUGAGGACAAGAUGAGUGUAAUUUGUGCAGUUUUUUUC